GUUAAGUACUAAAACACUGUGCUGAAAACCUAUCUUCAUUUGUAGGCAGUGAUACCAAAGUAAAUUUAGUAAGAAAUUCUUUGAAGAAACAAUGAAUUUCAAAUAAUAAACGCAUCAUACUUUUCCAAGUACAUUUCAGGAAAUUUCUGCCCUAUAACACCUCUUCUAACCUAUUCACAUGGAUUAAGACCUUCGUAACCAAAGCUGGCGUCAAUUUUUUCUAAAUUCGUUUUUUUUCUAUUUUAUUUAUUGUAUUAUAACAAAAAGAACAAUAACAAAUCAUGCUUAAAACGAUCUUAUUAUUAGGCUUGUCUGCCUUCACAUCUCUUUUUCUGAUACUCGUAGGAAAAGAGUGGUACUGCUCAUCGAAGAAGAAUGGUCUGAAGAAUCCUCAUUUGCUGGUGUAUUUUGGUUCGGGAGGUCACACAGGAGAGAUGAUGAACCUGCUUGGCGCAAUUGAAGAUCAACAGUAUCCGAUACGAUCCUAUGUAGUAGGUGCUGACGACAAAAUGAGCUAUGCAAAAGCAGAAGCAUUAAUUUCUUCUAACUCACAUCAAGCAUCUUCAGUUUUCACAAUCCCUCGCGCCCGACACGUAAAGCAAUCAUGGUUAACGACACCCUUUACGGCUGCCUGGAGUCUAAUAUUCUCAGCUAAAGUGAUUUUUUGGAAUAAAAACGGUAUUCCUGAUGUUAUACUCUGCAAUGGUCCAGGAACGUGCGUAAUUUUAUGUUUGGAAGGCUACGUAUCCAAGUUUUUUGGCAAACGUAUUAGGAUAGUCUAUGUGGAAUCCUUUGCAAGAGUAAACAGACUUUCACUAAGCGGGAAAAUACUUCUACCCUUUGUUGACCGCUUUUUAGUACAAUGGCCAGAUCUUUCGCUAAAAUAUAAAGGUGUCGAAUAUGUUGGUGUUGUUGCUUAAUUACCUUUAUAUGUAUAUGUCUGUCUUUUAUGCUAUAGUUGAAUGUUUUAAAUAGAUACUCUGAUUGUACCAAGACUGGUUUAACCAGCAGUUAUGGACUAACUGGAUUAUACAAAAUUUAGAGUACUUCUUUCAUUCCUAGUAUCCUUAUGAAGUCAUUCAGUUCCUUCAAAUUCCAUGAUUUUAAUCACAAGCUGACAAGAUGAACCCUUUCAUGCUUUAUAAUCGUACAUUCUUUAAUUCGCAGACACUGAGUAACAGAUUUUUUACAUGUUCUAGAUUUGCUUCUGCUUGUACCAUAGCCUUUUGAUUAUUUGCAUCCGCUACAUGGGUAUAUGUAUGCAAAACCCAGGCCUGAUCUUCCGCGAGCGGGUGAAAUGGAGGAUCUAUAGAAUGUCUUUGCGAAGGGAUUAGUGUUUGAAACAAUCUGAUAGUGCAGUUGUUGGAAGUAUACUUCAAACCCUGGACUACAUAUUCAUGUGAAAACCUAAAGAGAAAUGGGGUUAGAAUUUUGUAACCAAGAAUGUUGAAUUGGUUAUGCUUCUUACUCGUAACCAAGGUUUUCUACAAAUUCCAUUGGGGAUCCAUUUGUCAAUUUUGCCCGACUAAUUGGGCGGAUUCCACAUCUUCCUUCCCUCUUAGGUUCUGAAGUGCCUUCCAAAUGAAGAGACCUUAUUUCGUUAAUUUAUCUCUUUCCUAGUCUUUUAAACCCGCAUACCAUUGUGCCUUCUGUACCCAGUCAGACUCGCUACUUCCUAUGGUAUCUAAUUGACCACACAAUCGAAGCCAGGAAUCGGGUUGUCGAGGUAAAUUAAUGGGAACAUCUAUAUCAUUAGUUCUCUAAACUUUACAGUCAACGCAAUCUUCCUUUGUUUUGAACCAAGUGAAGUUUCUCUCAGAAUAUUGCUAACGUACCUUUUGGACGAUAAACCAUCCAGUAUUCAAAAAUUAUUUUUGGUUCAUUGAAAAUUCUUAAGAGUGAAUUAGCGACAAUGUCUGAUCGUCUGGAUGGUAUAACUCCUAAUAAGUAUAGCUCUUGCAUUUCAUUGUAUGUAGAACUAGUUAGAAUGAAUUGGCCAACAAGUUAAAAAAUAUAAG